CAACCGAAGCCGGCCAGUAGUUCGUUUCUGUUUACAUAGUAACUGAAGGGAACGCCGAAAUGUUAGCAGGAUAGCAAGACAGCGAAUUUGAAGAGCAAAGCGGAUAGAAACUUUGUACAAACUUGUUUAGUCGCGUUUGUUGGUUAAGACUAUCUGUUGUCCGUCAUGGGAGUGACGCUCUCCAGGGCAGUUCAGUUCAGUUCUGACGCAGAUAAACUCGAGGAUAGCCCUCUGAAUAAUGACAUACUGACUGAAAUCCUGCUCUUCACGGAGGACUUCGACGACAGAUACCCGCAGGAGGCCAGGAUUCUGUUCAGGGAGCCUUUACGCUGGAAAACAUCUCUAGAAGCGGCUGAUUUCACAUCAGAUAUAUAUGACACCAAAGGAGAAUCAGCUGUGUCUUUGGAAUGUGAUGAUAAGGGAAGUCCCCUUCUCCAGCUGAGUCCACCUGACAUUACAGUUCACUCAUUUCACCAUCUCUCUAACCUUUUGCAACUAAGCAAAGAUAAAAAGAUGAAGGAGAUCCAGGCCUGUUUGGAGGUUAACAGAGAGCCAAUAAAGAAGAUCUUUGGGCCCAUGUCUCCCACAAUACACGAAGACAAUCUGUUCAAUAUCCUGCAUCAGCUGGACGAGAAGCUGUUAAAUAUUGCUGUCAAACCUAUCACCGGAGAGGGCAGGCUAAGCCCAGCAGCUGUUAAUACAGAGGUAGAUCUGUUGAAGAGAUUCUGUGGAACAAGAGAAGACCGGGCGCUGAAGUCUGUGAGCUACACAUCAGAUUACGUUUUCUCCAAUGGUUGUCGUUCUCCACCGUGGAGGCAGAUGGAUGGAGAGAUCUGCUCCCUUAUAAUUGAGACCUGUGACACAGAGCCCACGCUGUUCAUCACUUGCAGUACAAGUGGAGUUUUUUUCGAUGAGAGAAUCCAUGGAGAAGGAGGUGUAAACUACUAUAUGAGAAAAAGUGAACUCUACAAAGACAUUAUUACACUGCUGAAAAACAUGUCUCCCCAUUUUGCUGCAGCUGCUAAUGAACAGGACUCUGCCAUUCAAGAUGUGCCAUCCACUAAAAAGAUCUUACAUGUGGAAACGGUUGAUGUUGAGGAAACAGGCCAAACCCUGAAGUCUUACGACCAUGAGGAAAAGAAUGUGCCUGAGAAGGCGAGACAACAGCUUGUGCGGAACAAGCCGGGCGGUAGGAAGAAGAAAUUAGAACCAUCUUUAAAAUGGAAGAACCUCUGCCUCACGUCUUCUUAUGAUGAGGUAGAGGAGAAGACUGGAAGGAGCAGAGAAAGCAAGAAGAUCUUGGAAAAUGGCACAAAAUCACCUGCAUCCGAGAACAAAAAAAAGGCAAUUUUUUCUGGAUCGUCUUUGCCAGGCUGCCAAUCUUCUCAAAAAAUCAAAAGCCCAGGAGGAGCUGACGACUUCAGUGAGAGUUCAUCAGAGGAUGAGGAAGAUGAGGAACAGCCCGAAAGACGGUCCGAGAUCCCCACCGACCUGCCCUCUGAAUACUGGCAGAUCCAAAAACUAGUCAAAUACUUAAAGGGGGCUAAUCAGACAGCCACAGUGAUUGUGUUGUGCGCUUUGAGAGACUUUAACCUGGUCCAGGAAACUUGUCAGCUGGCUAUCAGAGACGUGGGGGGGCUGGAGGUCCUCAUCAACCUGCUUGACACAGAUGACAUCAGAUGUAAAAUUGGUUCUUUAAAGAUCUUGAAGGAGAUCAGUUGUAACUCUCAGAUUCGGCAAACCAUCGCUGAUCUGGGUGGUUUGCAGACCAUGGUGUCCAUCCUGGACUCUCCUGACAAAGACCUGAAGUGCCUGGCUGCUGAGACCAUCGCCAAUGUAGCCAAGUUCAAACGGGCCCGCAGGACUGUCCGACAGCACGGUGGCAUCAAGAGACUGGUGGAGUUGUUGGACUGCGUGCCUAAUGGUGUGUCUCUGAGUGCGGAGCGGGAGAGGGAUAUGGAGGUGGCUCGCUGCGGGGCUCUGGCUCUUUGGAGCUGCAGCAAGAGCACCAGGAACAAGGAGUCUAUCCGUCGGGCCGGGGGAAUCCCUCUGCUCGCCCGGCUGCUCAAGUCAUCACAGAAGAACAUGCUCAUCCCAGUAGUGGGGACCUUGCAGGAGUGCGCUUCUGAGAAGAGCUACAGAAUUGCUAUACAGACUGAGGGCAUGAUUGAGGAUCUGGUGAAGAACCUCAGCUGUGACAACCAGGAGCUCCAAAUGCACUGUGCCAGCGCUAUCUUUAAGUGUGCAGAAGAUAAACACACCCGUGAUUUGGUGCGGCAGUACGACGGACUGAAGCCACUGGUCAUGUUGCUUAACGAAGCUGAAAACAAGCAGUUACUAGCUGCCACGACUGGAGCCAUCUGGAAAUGUUCCAUCAGCUUGGAAAAUGUAGCUAAGUUUCAGGAGUAUAAGGCACUAGAAAUUCUGGUAGGUCUGCUCAAAGACCAACCUGAAGAGGUGCUAGUUAAUGUAGUGGGUGCUUUGGGAGAAUGUGCCCAAAUAUCUAAGAAUCUUUCCACCAUCCGCAAAAGCAACGGUAUCCAGCCCUUGGUCAACUUACUCACCGGCACCAACCAGGCCCUUCUGGUCAACGUCACAAGGGCAGUGGGAGCUUGUGCCACUGACCCUGAGAACAUGGCGAUAAUCGAUCGUCUUGAUGGUGUACGCCUUCUUUGGUCUUUGCUGAAGAACCCCAAUCCAGAAGUUCAGGCCAGUGCUGCCUGGGCCAUCUGCCCCUGCAUUGAGAAUGCAAAGGAUGCUGGAGAAAUGGUGCGUUCCUUUGUGGGUGGUUUGGAGCUCAUUGUUAACCUUCUAAAAUCACAGAAUAAAGACGUGCUGGCCAGUGUUUGUGCAGCCAUUGCCAAAAUUGCUAAAGAUGUGGAGAACCUGGCAGUUAUUACAGACCAUGGUGUGGUUCCCAUGCUGGCCAAUCUCACCAAUACUGGGGAUGAUAAGUUACGGCGGUACCUAGCAGAAGCCAUCGCCUGCUGCUGUACAUGGGGGAGUAAUUGUGUAUCAUUUGGGGAAGCUGGAGCUGUAGCCCCACUGGUACACUACCUUCGAUCAAAAGACCCUUUGGUGCACCAAGCGACAGCCAGGGCUCUGUUUGAGCUGUCUAAAGACCCUACCAACUGCAUCACAAUGCAUGAAAAUGGAGUAGUCAAGCUCCUGCUCAUCAUGAUCGGAUCCACGGAUGAGGUUCUGCAGGAGGCAGCAGCCAGCUGUGUGGCCAACAUUCGACGCCUGGCGCUGGCCAACGACAAGGCUAAAUAUGGGUAAAAGUUAUCGCAUCUUCCCUUCAGUCUCACCCGCAGUGGGCAACAAAUGAGUUCCUUUACCCACCCAAUGAGUAUAAAUGGAUCAGCUGCGAUGCCCGAUGCGUUUUUAUUUAUAUUUUACUUCAGCUCUGUAAUAAUAGGAAGCAUUUAGCCAAAGCUAAACAUGUCAUUAAUUAAUUUGUUGGAGUCUACAACCCUGGCUCACCCUUGUCUCAGCUUUUUCCCUCAAUUUCCUCAUUGCAGCAUCUAAUUUAACAAUAACAAUAAACGCUUUGUUCUCCUAUGUGUGUAGACGCCAAAUGUUCCACAGUUUACGUUCUCUGAAGUGGUUUCGAGCAUAAAUACAACACAUUCACAAAUGCAGCAGGUACUGUUGUCCACACGUCUGAGUUAACAGGCACAUCUGGUGAUGUGACUUUUGUUUAAAAAGUUCAUGCAACCCUGUAAUUGAAGACUGCUUGCUGAUUAAAGCAGAAGUCUCGUUCUCAUAUGCUUACGGACACGAUAGUUAUUCAGGCCUUAUGAUGACCACAUACACAAACAUGUAGGGAAAAUAAAACAAACCAAACACUCACUCACAUGGUUUCAACCAGACAAAGACAGUCCCAUUAAUGUGAAAAAUCGCUCAUAAAUUCAUUCAACAGUGACGUGAAUGGGCAGAAUGCUUGGAGAACUUGGAACAAUGCAGUAGCAGGUCCCUUCUGCACUGUGAGUAAAUAUGAUUUUGUGCAUAAUUGACGUGCAGCAGCUCCCUGAUGAGAUGGAGUAUUUUGCGUUAUUAUUUGUUAUUGAAAAAAUAUGGUGGUGGCUCCUCUCAAUGUCCUCAUUAAUUCUGCCUGUUAAAAGUAGGAGCGAGUAUGAGGAAAAUGAGACCACCUCAACAGUACAGCAGCAGCGUGCCUUUUGCUCAGACAGCCCCAUAAAAUGUAAUCCUUAAAAAUAAUCAUGUUUUAUAUUAUCGGCUUCAAUCCAAUGUCCAGUAUUUUCACUACCAGAUAUAAUGAACGCAAAACAACAAAACAAGCAGAGAUACAAUUACGCAGACUUGUGGAACAAACAGUGGAAAUUUGUCAUAUAAUGACUCAAAUGUCAAUGCUGCACUGUAAAAAUGUGCGGUUAUUAACUUAAGGAGUUAAGUUAAUAACCUGAUCUGAACCUGAUUCUUGACUUUAGUUAGUGUAACCUACUAUACGUAGUGAAUAUACGUAGUUUGAGCAUACACAUCCAUCAUUUUCAUCAUAGAGAGUUGAUCUUUUGAUGAAACCCUUUUUAAAGCACAGCGUUUAUAUCACAAUGUUUGAGUGGGUCCAAAAUUAUAAUAAAUGUACAACCAAGUCUUUAAGUCUUUUAAGGACUACAGAGAACAGCCUCUGUUACAGAAUAUGUGGCAGACUAAAUUCAAAAUAAGACUUAUAGUUUUAAUAUUCUCAAUAUUCCUAAAUUCAGACAGUAAAUCCAUUAAUAAUGUAAUCGUUUAACAUACAAUUGGAUCUGAAGACAUUGCGGUAAUUAUUACGGUGAAAGCUUUAUUAUGCCGACCUAAAACACACCAGCAACCAACUAUCUCUGCUGACACCGUGUAAGAAAUCACAUUUACCGUUUUCUACAGUAUGUAAAUAUGUGAAGUAGGAGACAAACGGAACUGGAUAUUUAAAUGUUUGAAUCAAUAUCGAGCUUGAUUAUAGCUGAUUUCCUGUGGCUCCGUAUUUGUCAUACUGGAUUCUCCUGUGUUGAGUCUAUCAUGUAUGGCUAAGUGCAGUUUACUUCAACAGACUAUAAACCAAGAGACUCUAAAUGAGAAUCAUUGUCUUCUGAGUAUACGACUCCGAUCACCAAAAAUAAAUAAGGCCUUUUCAAACCCAAGCAGUGCAGAUGUUACAACCACUACCAUUCCUUUUUUUACAUCUCCUCUUCAUCCAUCUUGGUCUCUCUCUGUUUCUCUCUCUGAGGAUGAUGACUAGUAGGACAUGCCUAACUAACAUCAUUAAACAAAUGUUGCGUGUUUGACUGAAGGACAGGAAUUUAUGGGAUGGUGAGUUGAGGACAGAGGACAUGUUUAAGUCAUUGGGAUGAGAAUUAGUGCUCUAGCGUCUGUCUUCCUGCCCUGUCAGCCCAAAAGUGCAGACCGUUCUCAACCACACCGCCUCAGUCUGUUCAAACCUCAGUUCACUUCUGAUUCCAGCCAUACUUUUGUUUUUAGAAUCUACCUGAGAUCUUAAAUGAGAGGAAAAAUUUAUCUCAACGCAUUUGAACAUACUGUAUAUGUCUUUGCAAACACCUUUUGGAUCCGUUAUUCGAUCAAGGAUAUUUUUUUAAGCUAAUGAGGGGUUCUGCCAUCGCUCUCACACACACACCAACCAGUUGAACCAUUAAUAUUUGGAAGUCAGUGGGGAGGGAAAUACGCAGAGAAAUGUUGCGGUCAUGCUUCACCUAAACCUCCAUCCCUUCCCUCAACGAGAAAUCUGACCUCAUCACAACAACCAGGAACCGUUUCCUUAUUAGAUUUUGAUUGAAUUACAUUGAAUACAGUCUCAUUUGUAUAAAAUCAUAAUUCAGUGUGUUUACUUAAGGUCGUGGUGGGAUGGAGCGAUGAAAUGCAAGUGCGUGCUGCAUGUGAAAAUGAAACGCGUCUGUUUGAAGUGGAGGGUUCCCGCAGCUCCCUAGGCAGUGGGAUAGAAUAUUUCAUAAAGAAACUAAUGACUAGUAAAAUUUUCUUCCAAAUAUCAGAAGUGGCUUUGCUUUGCCUCAAGAGGACAAGAAGGCUGUGUUUUAAUAUAAAGCCAAAUUGGGAGCAGAGCAUCACGGCCCUUAGAAUACAAUGGAAGUGUGUGCUCACUUAACACACAGACCAAACUUCUGCAUGCUCAGUUCACUUGCUUUUUAGAGAUUUUUUUGGUUUCACACACACAUACGCAUGCUAGUGUGCUCAGUAUGUUGCAACAAAGUGUUAGGUUUCUGUUCUUAUGUGGUCACAAACCCUCAAAAUGUAAUACGCUCUCAAAGGUUAAAUAUGUCUUGUAAUGCCUUUGCAUAACUAGAUGGUUUUGGUUUGCCCGCUCACUCUCUCCUUAUUGCUCCAGUUCCCUCCCUCUGUCUUUUUUUUCUCUUUUAAAUGGUUUAACUGCCUCAAAUGAAUUCUGACGUUCCCAUCCAUAAAGUGUAAAUAACUAGCUGGCCUAACAAUAAAUAAACAGAGAAAUGAGUGUGCAAAUACCACAGUGUCUGGGUCGGCUUUCAGACCUGUCCCCUAUAAAGAGCUCAAUGACUUUAAUAAAGACUGCAUUGGUGCUGACAGGCUAUGCUUAUGGUUACAUACUUUAUGGAGUUCACUGAUUUAUUAAAAUAGGAAAAGUCACCUGUAGUAUGCUAUCAUCAAGGGGCAUAGGAAUUAUCUAAAAUGGGGGUAGGGGUGAUAAAUCUCACCAAACUCUUCAAAAUACAGACGUUUUAAAGAACCUUUAGAACAGGCGUUUUUAUGAACUUUUACGCUUAGAACUGUGAAGUGUGGUUGAGCAUGAGAGAUUACGGUGUUCAUGGUCAACGUUAACAAUAAAAGGUCAGAGGUUAAAAACUUGUUAAAUGUUACCGCAUUGUAAAUACUUUUAAUCUUUUUAACAGCAAUAACCUAUAAUAUUAGUGUGGGUGUGUAUUUUUCACUAUUGUGAUACAAAAGACGGAUUGGUCGUUGUGAUUGGUCGGAUCACCUUUCAGUCUAGCUCCCUGU